GAGAGAGAGAGAGGAAGAAAAGCAGCAGAACUGAGAGGUGCUGACCAACAAAUGAUAACAAGUUUUACAUUUUUAUAGCUUUGCUUUUUGGAACAGCAAGAACAUGAGUGCUCUGCCUAAUAAAAGGUCGCAUGAGGAGGGCGGAAAUGGAAGUGGUGGUAUUAGUGGCAGUCAUGGAAGUGCUCUGCUCCAAAGUUCCAGCAUGAGGAUUCCAGCACGUUCCCUGUUGUGAUGGGUAGACUGGAGUCUUCAACCUUGGGUGAUUACCAUAGUCAUUAUGACAUAGGGCAGGAUGCUUGGAUGCCUAAGCCUCCUGGGACUGAAUCUCAUGAUGCAGAUAGAAGAUCACCUUUGCUUCCAAUGUACUGAGUGCCAUCAUCUUCAAAUGACUUUUAUUUGGAUCACCCUUCAGGUUUUGAAAGCAGGUUGGAAUUUUGAGAUACCAAGGAUGGAACUAAGGACCCUAAAUUUGAGAACUGUGAAAGUAAUGUUGAGCAAAGGGAGUUACAUAUAGGCAGUAGGCUUGAUAAGGAUGUGAAGUUUGACAGCAGAGGAGAUGACAAUAAAGCAACCAAGCAUGAAAGGGAAACAUAUCCAGAACACAGAGCUGACAUAAAUGGUGGGACAAGCAACCAUCCAAACUGGAAAAAUGCAAAUUAACAACACAGGGGCAAAAGGUAUCUGAUGCCUCUGGAGGGAAUGUGGAUCCAUGGAAAGCAUCACGAUCCAAUUUGCAUGGCCCAGUUGAGGGCAUAAAGGAAUCCACAAAUGUGGAGGAGAUGGAGUAUGCUGAAGCAUGUGAGGCUGUUGCAGAGAACAAGGUUGAUUUUAAAGGGAAGGAUAAGUUGAAAGAGAGAGAUAUGAAAAGGAAAGAGGUAAAACAAAGGGACUGGGGAGAAAGGGAUAAAGAAAGAAAUGACUGGCGAAACACUUUGCAGUUGUGCAGCAAUAGCAUUAGUGAAAACAAAGAGCCAAUGCGGGAAGAGAGAGAAGCUGAGAGGUUGGAAAAGGAGAGGAUAGAUCUUUUGAGAGAAAAGGAGAAAGUAAAAGAAAGAGAAAACGAUUUUAUGAAAAAGGAAUUGGGGAAUGGAUCUGAAAAAGAAAGUCCUCGCAGUGAUAAGGAAAUGUUAGACAUCCCCAGCAGAGCUGCAGAGCAAGAGAAUCCAACAUCAGAAUUAAAGAAAUAAAAGGAUAAUGAUAGUUGGAAAAAUGUUGACAGGGAUCCUAGAACGAUGAAAAAGGAAAGAGAUGCAGAGGAGGAAGGCGAAAGGUAUGACAAACUCAAUAAGAAUCAUGACAAGGAGUCAGACGAAGGAUGUGGUGAAGAUGAAGGAGGUGCAGAAAGGGAGAGAGAAGUUUUUAAUAUGGAGUUCAGCAGUGUAAGAGGAUGCUUAGGCCAAGGGGUAGUCCUCAACGUACUCAUCGUGAUCCUUGUUUUAGGUCUCACAAUCAAGAUAAUGAAGGGUCUCAAGGUAAACCUGAUUUGUCCACCAGUGUUUAUAAAGUUGGUGAAUGUGUGCAAGAGCUAACUAAAGGAUGGAAAGAAUAUGAAGCAUCUCAAGCAGAUAAGAUGUCUGAAAGUUCUUCAAAUGGUCCUACUCUAGAUAUUUGGAUACCAUCUGAGCAUGUUUCUGCAGCAAAUCGCCAGGUAAGAGGUAACCAGCUGUGGGGAACAGAUAUAUACACUGAUGAUUCGGAUCUUGUUGCUGUUCUUAUGCACACUGGCUAUUGUCAUGCGACUGCAUCACAGCCUGAAGCUACUAUUCAGGAGUUACGUGUCGCUAUAAGAGUGUUACCUCCACAAGAAUAAAGGAGGGUCAAUUUCUGAUAUACAGCGGUGUCCUACACAUUCAUCUUUUAUGGAGCCUACUCUUGCCCCAGUUGCUGUUGAGCACAUGACUACAAGGGCUACAGCUUCGGUACUUAUUCAAAUCUCAGAUUAAACUCUUUCUGUGUGAACAUUUGCUUUCCACCUUCCUGAUUUUGCAUUAUCUUUCCUGGCUUUGUUGUUGUUACGUGUCAAACUUUAUUUGAUGCUUCUGGGAAAAACAAACACACACAGGAAUGAUAAUUCUUCUGAAAGAUUUACAAAAGAUGCUCCCUGUAAGGUGCUAAAUACAAUGCAGCUAACUUUAUAUUUGGGAGUUUAAUAGUUAGGGCACUUAUUUUCUUUUUUCACUUGCUCUAUAUUGGUUAUGUUGUUAGCUAUGGAUCUGAAAAAGCCGCUGUGUUUAUUCUGGUAUUCCUCCCUACUUUGGUUUCAACUAAAGAGCUGGUCUUACCAUGAUGCUCCAGGAUCAUGUCCUAGAGCAUCAUGUCUUAGAUUUGCCAUUUUCUUGGUCAUUAUAGUUCAAAAUUUUUACAUUUAAAUGGGAUUUGGUGGUCAUAUUGUUGUACUUGGGGUCCAAUGUAUGCUUGAAAAUGUUGAUUUUCCCUUUUUCUGGGUGAACUUUUGACAGCUGCUAUAUUUCUUUGUUUAUGUGAUUCCAUCAUCUUACAAGAAUAUUCAAUUUUUCAUUUUUGUGAUGGGGAGGGACGGGAUGGUGGGAGCUGUAACUGCAAGCUUUUUAUUGUCUUGGGUUGGACUUGUGCAUUUGCUGUGGCAAACAUAUACCAGAUUAUUGGAGCUGUGUUAUGGCAGCUAAUAGUUAUCAAAUGCUAAUUGAAUGGGCAGGAAAAUUUUUUUCUUAUCUUAUUUUCUUCACCUUCUUUUUCAUUUUCCUUCAACUGGUUUUGCUUUCCUUCUUAUAUAUUCAUUCUUUUUUUCGAGAGGAAGGAGAAUUCUUUAAGAGCAUUGAAUAGAUGUUUUAAGUUCUUGUAAGCUAUGGGUUUUCAAACUGUUCUGAAUAGAUGGAUUACCCCUUAUAAAUUUCAGGAGACACUAGAUGUGCUCAAGGAGCAUUGUUGGCUUGCUGAGUUGUAUCUAACAGAUUGCAAUUGUCAAACAUGCAUAUCAUGUUUGGUUUACUGAGGAUGCUGCUAUUCUAUACUUUUUCCUGUUAUUUUUAACUAACGCUUUUGGUUUCUUUAUCCCCCCCCCUCUCUUUUUCCCACGCUCUCUCUCUCUCUCUCUAGAAUGCAUUACAACAACAAAGAUUUGUACAAGAAAUUACUGUACAGUUCAGCCUAUGUGGUGAGCCUUGGUAAGUAAUAUGAAACGGACUGUUCUAGUUUGCUUC